AUGCUUGCGCCCGCCGCCGGGCGCACUGCUUCGGUCAUGAGGGCGCGGGACCUCCAGGUCUGCCUGGUCUGCUUCUCGCGGCUCUUCGGCCAGUCCUGCCGGCUCAGCCUCGGCGGUCUGCUGCCGAUGAUGGCCGAGGAGCUCGACCUGGGCCCCGUGCAGUGCGCAUCACUGCUCUCCGCAUUCCCGCUCGGGUACAUGCUGAUGCAGGUGCCGGGCGGCACCGCCGCGGACGUCUUCGGGGCCCGGGCGGUCAUGGCGGCCGUGCUGCUGAGCACCGCCGGGGGGACCGUGCUGUUCGCGCAGCUCGCCAGCUUCCCCACGAUGUGGGCCACCGUGUUCGGCAUGGGCCUGAUGCAGGGGCCGCUGUUCCCCGUCACGGGCGUGGUGCUCUCCAAGUGGGUACCAGGAAAGGAGCGCGCCAGGGCCACUGCGGCGGCGGAGCUCGGGAAUCCGCUGGGGGCCCUGGUGGCGCUGUUCGUGGUGCCCACGGUCGCGACGCUCGUGGGCUGGCGGGCGGCACUGGCGCUCCUCGGCUCCGCCACCGCUGGCUUUGCGGCCACCUGGUGGCAGCUGGGAGCGGACGGCCCCGAGUCCUGCAGCAUCAUGGCCAACCCCGCCGCCUGGGCGGUGCUCCUGGCGAACACGGCGUUCAACUUCAACCGCUACUUCACGUACACGUGGAUCACCACGUACUACACGGCGGCCUGGAGGAUGCCGGUCUCCGAGGCGGCGGCGCGCAUGCUGUGGCCCAACCUGGCCGACAUUCUGUUCGCCGUCCUCGCCGGGCAGCUGGCAGACGUGGUGGCGAACUCUGGCAGGCUGUCGCGCGUUGCGACCAGGCGUGUCUUCUCCACGGCCGGCUUCGUCGGCACCGGGCUGAGCCUCUACAUGGCCGGGCGGGCCAGCGACCCGCUCGCUGUCACCGUGCUGGUGACGCUCGCGUCGGGGAUGCAGGCCUGCCACGCGGGCGGCUUCAAGGCCAGCUACACCGAGAUCUCCCAGGAGGCCCACGGCGGCACGGCGCAGCUCGAGGCGUGGCGGGCCCUCUUCGGCGUGGUGCUCGCCGUGGGCUCCCUCGGCGCGGCCGUGUACUCGCUGCUCCUGUCCACGGACUGGUGGUUCGCGGUGGUGCCGGCGGCCAGCCUGGGAGAGCGGCCGGGACCCCGGCGCCGGGCGGAGGGCCUCGGCGGCGGGCCGCCCGCGCAGCUCCCGGGGCGCAGGCAGCCGGGCGAGCCCCGGGGCGUGCUGCUCGCAAGCGCGCCGAUGCAGAAGCGAGUCCACAGGAGCCCCGUGGGUGCCGUCGCGCUCGCCACCGUCGUGGCGGUCGUGAGCGUGCGCGGCGGCAGCGGCCCGUCCGGCCUGCACGGCGGGUGGGCCGCGCGCGCGGAGCGGCCUCCCGCGCUCGAGGGCGUCCUGGCACGGCCGCGGCGCGCUCCUCUGCGCCGGGGCCCAGGCAGGUGAGAGCGUUCGGCGUGGGCCGGGCCGCCCGAGGGGCGGCCACUCCAGCCAGAGGCCGCGCAGCACCUGCUGGCCGCAGAGGAGGGCCAGUUGAGGGCAGUGGUAGCUCGAGGCUCGAGGUUCGGGAACGCAGAGGGGAGCGAGCUGAGUCACUCGUAGUUGGCCUUCGGUCGUCUGCACCGAAGAGUGGCCCUCCGCCUGCGAGACCCUUUGGUGCGGGCCCACUGGGGCCCCCCGACCGCCGAACGCGAUGCGACAGUAGGCCCCUUGCGCGCUUGUGUGUUGCUCCCCGCGCGGAGCCAAAGAUCCCGCGCACCAAAGCUCACUCUUGCCCAGGGUCGCUCCGUGCGUGUAGCCGACUCGGGUGGCCCCCUCGUCGCAAGUUUUAACGGUUGGCGAGUCCAGACCGCCACCAGAAGUUCAUUUGAAUCGCUAUGGCAGCGGCUGUAGCCUGGACGCUUCGAAGUAGAGCGACUGCGUCGGUCAAAUGGGGCCGUCGGGGCGCUGCGAGCGGCCUGAAUUUUCCGUGCCCUGGUCCCUCGACAUGUCGGCACACUUAACUGCAUCCAGCUUCCCGUCAACUACACGCAGCACUGGUCCGAAUGGUGGGUCCUCUGUUGCCGCAUAUGACUUGCAGCGUGUAGUCUUGCUCGAGAAUGUGCAAGAUGCAGUUUUCAUUUCCCGCCAGGGAAAUUCGUUUUGACUAGUUUCCCCGUCGCUGUAUCAUCCUAUAUCCCGCUACACCUUCAAGGACUCCAGUUGUCUGCUCAUCCUUUUCACUCCCAGCAACCCUGCAGUCGACGGUGAAUUCAAAUAUUCCUUUGUUCAUUUUCGCGCACGAGCUCCAGAAUCCGCUGUGUUCUUUUCCCGCGGUGCCGAUUUCAGCCCGCUGGUCAGCCCAGUUCUCUCUUCAGCCUCCAGAAUCUUCAAGCUUUGCCCCAUUCUCAUUCGGAUUCGCCUGUUCGUUGGGCCAACUUUUCUUGUGCGAGAUACCGCGCGUGCGAACUGCGUCUGCGAGCACGCAAACUCUGACGAUAACCGACGCCAACGAAGGUGGGCGUCUUUCCCCAAUCAGCGCCUAAACUGAAGGGGUCCUAGCGGAUGUUGAAAAAUUUGCCGAAAGUGCCCAGCCGAUUUCGGUGGGCGGCCAGCUUCCCGGGUUCCCAGUUCUGGGUUCCCAGGUUCCCGCUUGCUGAU